AUGCGAGCUCAUGUGCAAGUUAAAGGGCAUGGGAUACACUGUUGCGGGAUUUAUGGCGCUGACGACUACCCCGGAACUAGCGUUCCCACCUCUUGCUGUAUUCCUGGUCACUCUUCGUGUCCUAGUAAGGCUGCUGCUUUCACCGUGGGUUGCAAGCAAGUCACCGCCGAGUUGGUCCGAAGGAAAUUUCUCACCGCCCUUGCGCUCACCAUGAGCGUGCCACUCAUCAAGAUCGUUGGGCUUCUGUGUGCAUUGCUGUUAUGUUGCUUCACUCGGCGACACAAUGGGAUUCGAUACACCGAGGUACAAGUGGAGUCCUAAUUUGGAACUAUUUGGAGCCAGACAUGACUAGCCGAUCUCUCCACUCGAAACCUUCUGGCCCAAAUACGUCGCCAUCCAUUACGUAGAGAGUUGCUGCUUUUACUCGACCAUAACCGGCGUCCAAUCUCCUCCCACUUGACCCAUUCCUCGUCAUACUGUGUCCGCUCAACCGAUCGUUGCAUAAUAUUACACUUCUCUUUGUGCUCCAUCGCAACUAUUUCGCAAUCCUCUGUGAUUGGAUGCCCCUUUUCAUUCUAACAUCACCAUCAUCUGCAUUUUUAUCACCGUCCUUACAUUGUAUACAUCUAGUCAAAUUGUGCGUCCUUAUGACCCCGGCGCCUCCGCCGCUAACUAGUUCCAAAUUAGAUCGCGCAUUUUAUCCCCUUCACUCUCUUUUCAGUACCAUUCCUUGUUUUAUAGGAUUAACCAUUUCUCAUUUGGUGUAUUCCCGCUGUUUUCUACUCCUACUGACCGCAGUGUUCAUGUGCAAUACAAAUGAACAUUUAUUAUUUUGACUAGGUUCCAUACACUUCCUCUUUUUAACUUACGUACUUCCGACGAAUUUUGGCCCAGUUUGGGCCCUUCAAAUUUGCGACUGACUGCAACAAUUUCUUUGUAUGCUAUUUUCUUUUUGGCCUCAUUGUUAAAUGGUUACAAGGUCUACAAUCAUGGGGUACUUCUG